UUAACACCUUUGCUAACAGGUACUGUGUCAAAUUAAAACUUACCCAAGACAGUUCACAGAAUUGUCAAUUAUUUAUUACUACAUUUAGAUAACAUUAUAUAGUUAAUCCAGAGAUGACCUUUCCCUCGAUUUGGAAGUCGCAUCCAGAUCCAGAGAGAAUGCAAGCACAUUUGUUCGGCUAGCCGAGUUCUGCUAGGCACCAGCUGAACCUUUGGUGUUCCCACAUGACCAUAUCUCCAUGUUACAGCGCUUGUUUACGGAGAACAGACGGCAGAGAAGAGGCGACCACCUGUGCUAAUUUGCUAUUUAGCAUGCUCCGAACACCUGUGUGUAAGCGUGACUUGGGAAGUGUAGUUUCGUUGGAUGGAGGCACUCAUACCAUAGUUGUAUGGAUCUGUUAAAAACUGCUACAUUUAAAGGCAAAUGGGACAGACAAUGUUGAACUACAUGCCCCACAGUUCUUAGCAAACCGUUCGAACUGACGCUUCCACUUCCUCGUACCAGGCGCAAGCGCGCAAAGGUAAAGAAUGCGGACUUCGUCGCACACUGGAAACAGAACCCUGGUACAAAAGCUUCAAAGAGGAAAACAUGUCGAAAACGCACACAAAGCCCCCGUCCUCGUCGGGGGCUACGACCUCCGGUGGACCUUCUUCCUCCUCAUCCUCCUCGCCCGCAGGUGGCACGACGUCUCCCGCCAACGUCCUGCACGUACAGCCUGAGAAACCUCAACACUACACGUAUCUGAAGGAGUUCAGGACAGAACAGUGUCCUCUGUUUGUGCAGCACAAGUGUACCCAGCACCGGCCCUUUGCAUGCUUCCACUGGCACUUUCUGAACCAGCGGCGCCGCAGGCCCAUCCGCAGGCGGGACGGAACCUUCAACUACAGUCCAGACGUCUACUGCACCAAAUACGACGAGGGCACAGGCACCUGCUCUGACGGGGAUGAAUGUCCGUACCUGCAUCGUACGGCGGGCGACACAGAGCGGCGGUACCACCUGAGGUACUAUAAGACAGGCUCCUGUAURCACGAGACGGAUGGGAAGGGCCACUGCAGUAAGAACGGCUCCCACUGCGCCUUUGCACACGGAUCACAUGACCUACGAUGUCCCGUCUACGACGUCAGGGAGGUGCAGGUGAUGGAGUCUCAAGGGGGGUCGGGGGCUGCUGAGGGAGGAGGGGGGGAGGGCCAGUCGGGGCUGGCGGCCAGUACCGCCCUCAUUGAGAAGAUCCUGAGUGAGGAGCCGCGUUGGCAGGAUAACACCUAUGUGUUGUCCCACUACAAGACAGAUCUGUGUAAAAAGCCUCCUCGUCUGUGUCGCCAAGGUUACGCCUGUCCCUACUACCACAAUAGCAAAGACAGGCGGCGUAGUCCACACAAACACAAAUACAGAGCGCUGCCGUGCCCAGCGGUGAAGCACAGUGAGGAGUGGGGAGAUCCCAGUAAGUGUGAGGUGGCAGAGGGAUGCCAGUACUGCCACACACGCACAGAGCAGCAGUUUCACCCUGAGAUCUAUAAGUCCACGAAGUGUAAUGAUAUGCAGCAGUGUGGCAGCUGCCCCCGGGGCCCCUUCUGUGCCUUUGCACACCUUGACAACAAGCCCCCUAUCAGUGAAGAACCCUCGUUUCAGACCCCCAGCUCCCCACCUCUCCUCCCAGGACCCCAAGACCCUCACCCUGCCCAGGAAGGAUGCUCCAGCCCUGGGGGCCGAGGUGGAAGAUCUGGGUCUCUGUCUGGAGGUCCGUUCUCCCCGUCAGGGGGGGGGUGUGUGGCAGAACAAGGCCUGUUAGGGAGGGUGCUGUCGUUGUGUGAGGACGUGUGUGGGGGAGGCGAACCCCUCUCCCCCUGGGCUGGGGAGGGGGGGUACGGUAGGGCACCGGGGUACGAGAGGGAAGACCAUGCCAAACAGAAGAGUUUUACCAUGGACCAGCGCAACAGAGAAAUGGCGUCUCAUCACAGCAAACAGGACCUGCUGGUGUUCCUCCCAGUGGGUAGUCCUCUGAGUCUGUCAUCGAGUGUUCCCUCCAGCCUGGCAGCCACCCCUCCCAGCCCUGCCCCUCCUGGACCCCUGCACCAGGGCCACCACCUCCACCAUGGAGCCCCAGCACCAGGCCUCUUCUCGGGCAUGAAUGCCAACGCACUGCCCUUCUACCCCACCAGCGACACCGUAGAGUCUGUAGUGGAGUCAGCUCUGGAUGACCUGGACCUGAACGACUUUGGCAUGUCUGCCCUGCAGAGAAGUCUGGACAGCAGCUCAGCUCUUCCCAGAGCCAUGCUGGGAGGAAAUCAGCUCCAGAGCUCUGCUCCUGUCAACAUUCCAGGAACCCUCUGCAGCUCUGCCCCUUUCAGCUCCCCCUCGCCCUCUCCACCAAUCAGAGCACACCAAUCGCCAUUCUUCUCCUCCCAUCUAUCGCAGCCCAGCAAAUCAGAAAGCAGCUUCUUGGGGCCAUCGCAUAGCUCUUUAGGUCUGAAUGGUAUGAGCAGUAGUAUCUGGGAGCACCCAUCAGGCCAGGGUUCUCCCGGUACGCCCCCGGCCCUGCUACCCACCAUGGGCCAGAGCAUGGAGACAGCCCGGGUCCGACAGGAACUAGACGAUGCUAACAGACUACUGAAACACUGGGACCACACCUGGAGACAUACAGCACAGUCGUGGGCGGUGUUGAAGUCGGAUGCAGAGGAGUCUCGUGGCUCGGCCGGUCGGUCAGCUCUUGAAGCGGAGCGGGCCAGGCAGGCUGAGGAGGCGGCAAAGAGACAGACCUCCCUCCUCCAGGAGGCGCUGGAGAGCAUGAGGACAGGAGAGAACCCUCACUUGGGCCUCCACCAGCUCCAGCUGCUCCACAGACUGCCUCUAGAGUCUGUCCUCAGUUUGCAGGCCCAGCUCUGUACAUGUCUACACACUGUGGAACAGGUGGUGUAUAGAAAGCAGUGUCAAUGUUGUGUGACGUGUGGAGAGCAGGGAUCGGUCUCACUGCCCUGUGGACAUGGUCUACUGUGUGACAGCUGCACCAGCUCUACAGAGUGCCCCCUUUGUCCAGAACAGAACCUAGAUCAGUUAUCCUGACCUAACUCAACUAUCUAUAGCCCAGAUAUAGAUAUGGUAUCCUCACUCAAAGACCAGCCCAAAGACCAGCCUCCGGUCCAUAUUGUCACUGAUUCAAGAUCAGAUUUUCUUUUUUUACAUGCACUACCUGUCCAUAAGAAAUGAUUCAGGAUCAGCUCUCUAACCACAGACCUGGCUUUAACCAUUACAAGCUAAACCACAAAUCUGACUCAGUUGUUAAAGGCAUGCAUGAUCCAGACAGCCAUCUCAUGAUGCAGCCUAAGUGGGCCACCAUUUGAAGGAGUACAAGGUUUUAGUUUUUACCGUUAGUUAUUAUUGUUUUGCUAAUGAGACUUAUAGUCCGAGGAAGAAUAGGGCUGCAUCUCAAUAGUAUAAAAAGGCUUCCUCUCCUUGUCUCCUUCACACUGAUCUGAAACUACAGGAAGGACAUAUGGUGGAAGCCUACAAAGAAAUUGCAGAUGAAGGAAGGAAAGCCAUGUUAAACUAUUUGGACGCAGCAGUCUGUGUUGCUUACAGAUAGUUUCUGUGCGUGACUGACUCAGGUUUGCAGUCUAAUAUUAUUAUUCUUUGUUAACCGGAAAGAUGGGAGCAUGUUAAAACAAUCAAGAAAAAUGUACUAUUCUAGUGUGUAGUCUGAAAUGAUGCCGAUUUUCAUUUAAUAACAAGGCGCUUCACGUUAACUCAAAUGCCAGCCUCUUUUUAAUCAAAAUCUAUGUAUAAUGUUUCUGGGGCAUAAUUUACAUUUGUAAGCAUUUUGAUAUUUCACAGUAUGUCAAACUCGUGUCAAAUAUACAUAGUUCUUGUAUGUCAUACUUGCUACAUGCACUGACUACACCAGGUGUCAGGCUUUGGAAACAGCAGGGGUGUGUGGGUGUGUUGAUAACCAGUGAAAAGACACGAUCACUACUAUACAUAGACCUGGCACAAAGUUCACACCUUGUCCUACUGCAGCCACCAACAGUGUUUCAUUUUGUGUGUUUUGGUAUAGAAAAAUAAAACAAAUUUAUAUUUUUGGA